AAAGACAUCGUAUUUUCAUGCUUUGUUACGGUGCAUGGAUACGUGCUAUAUGACUGAUUAACAGACGUUUCCGUAGAUUAAAUUAAGAUGAUUUUGGGCUUGUAGUUUGACUCUUGAACUUAAUGUUUUUCUUGGAUGCAAACUUUCCGACAGCCAGUGAAGGCAUCACCCUGAGAGUCCAGGCUGGGAAGCAGGAUGCCACCGGAAGGUCCGUCGUCCGUCAACAUGUCCGGCGUCAUCCGUUUCAAGUGAACAGCUGGCGUCGAGAGCCGCAUUAUAAAGGUGCGUGCGCGCCAUUGGAUGAACAUCUGGUGCGCAUCUCCGCCUCUUGUCAUUCAGGCGCGGGCGCGUGUACGAUGGGACUGCCCCCACUCAGCACCCCCACAACAAUGGCAGGAUCGCACGCUUAGCUCCAUUUUAUUUCCGUACAACCCUUUUGGGUUUUAUACAUCCCGGUGAAAAUGGCGACGGGGGCAGGCUGGCAGCCUGCGUACAGUGCCUCGACGAGCACGAGCAGCAACAGCAGCAGCAGUAGCGGCGCCAAAUACAUCCCAUCGUCAACAUCCAACAUGUUCUACGACGGGAGCCUAACGCUGGAAUACACGCAGGAUCUUCAUUUGAAGAUGAGUAAGAAAAUCGCGCAGCUGACCAAGGUUAUUUAUGCUCUCAACACCAAAAACGAUGAGCAUGAAGAGGAGAUCGAGUCUCUGAAGGAAGCCCAUGAGGAUGAGGUGCAGCACAUCGUGACCGAAACCAGAGACAAGAUCAUGCAGUACAAGAGCAAGAUGGCGGACGAGGCUGACCUUCGGAGGCGGCUGGCCAGUCUGGAGGAAUCUGUGGAACUCCAUGAGCACAUGAAGAGACAGGCUCUUGCAGAGUUUGAGAUGUACAGACAGAGAAUGGAGGAUUCCCAGCUCUGCACCGAAGCCCAACACACACAGCGAGUGGUUUCGAUGAGCAGAGAGGUGGAGGAGAUGCGUCGGGAUUUUGAGGAGAAGCUGCGGGCGUUCAGCCAAGCGCAGGCCCAGUUUGAGGCGGAUAAGCGGCGAGCGCUGGAGGAGCUGAGGUCCAACCACCGCCUGGAGGUGGAGGAUCUUCUAAGCAGCCAACAGAACCAGAGCGCCACCUCCAACGAAGACCAGGAGAAACUGGCUGACCUCCAUAGACAAGAGGUGGAGUCUUUGAUGGAGAGGGUGGAAGAGCUGACCAAGGAUAAGGUCCGGGUGGUGGAGGAAUACGAGGCCAAGUUGGGCAAGGCUCAGGAGUACUAUGAACGAGAGCUGGAGGCCAUGACCAGAACGCACCAGCUCACCACUGAAAACCUGCUAGCCUGGAAAAGGACUGAGGUUGAGCUUCGGAAGGAGUUCCAGGCGCAGGAGGCAGCGCUACAGCGCUCCCUAUCCAAGCUGAGGAAUGAGCUUCAAAGAGCCCAGGAGGAGGCACGGGAAAACCGGGACAAGACCAACAGACUGCAGACGUCUCUGGUCAACGCCGAGGGAACGAUUAAGAACCUGCACAAGCAGUUGGAAGAAGCCAUGCAGGAUGGCGAGAUCUGGGUGAUGCAGCUGAAGGACACCGAGUAUGAGUUGGAGGGUUGCAGGGAACGAGUCCAGCAGCAGGCAACGGAGAUCCUCCACAAAGCGAGUCAGAUCGGCUCCCUGCAGGCCACCCAGAUGGCUCACGAGGCUUCCAUCAGGAACCUAGACCAGGAGCAGAGUCGCCUGAAGGAGAAGAUCGGCAGGCUGGAGCAGGAAAGGGAGGCCCUGCUCAACCAGAACCAGGCGGCCAGCGAACAGCACAAACAGCAAGUGCUAAAACUGGAGCAGUCUUUGCGGGAGGAGCACCAGGGCUACGAGAAGGAGCUCUCCAGAGUGAGGGCUCACUACGAGGAGGAGACGCGUCGCUAUAAGGAGGCCCAGGUCAGGGCAUUAGAGGAGAUGGAGGAGAAGCACCGAUCCAUGAGGGAGGAAGUCCAACAGGAGAAAGAGGAGGAGAAAAGGCUUCUCAUGAUGAAAAUGAGUCAGGAGUUUGAGAUAAAGCGUCUAUCUCUGGAGGAGCAGCGAGACAGAGUGCAGCAGCAACUAGACAACUUGAAGGAGGAGCUUUCUGCCAAACUCAACAUGGCCAAUCAGGAGGUGUCACACCUCCAAGAACUGCUUAGGGAGAGGGACCAGAAUGUCAGCUCAGCACAGAACCAGAUCACCUGCUUGAAGGACACACAGGAGAAGCUCAAGAUAGAACUCGACGCCACCAGAGCCCGGGUCAGAGAGACGAGCAACCUUCUCACCGAUCUCCAGGAGGAGAUCGAGACGGAGAAACAACAGCAUGAGGCCAGAGUGAUGUCCAUCCGAACAGAGGAGAAGCAAAAGAUGGACAAGAUGGCGGACAACUUAGACCAAAAAUGGAGAGAGGCCCUUCGUGAAGAAGUGCGGCUGCUGAGGGAGGAGCUGAGCGAGGAGUACGACGCCGACAAGCAGGCUGCGCUGACUCAGCUCUCGCAGCAGAAAGAGCUGGAAAUGAUGGCCGCCAGGGAGGGCUGGCAGAGGAAGGUGGAGGACCUGCUUGAACAGAUCUCUCUGUUGAAACAGUCUCUGGAAUUACAGCUAUCUCAGUCGCAGGCAGCCCUGCAGCAGCUGCAGUCUCAGUUCAGCCAAGAGAGGGAGCUGCUGAGUCAGCAGCUCAAAGAAAUGCAGAGAGAACAUCAGAGGAGAGAACAUCGACUACAAGAGGCUCAUUGCUGUGCACUGAGCACCAUGGAGGAGGCGCGGCAGCAUCAGAUCCGGGCGCUGGAGGAGCGUCUGAAGCAGGAGCAGAGAGAGGAGGUUCAUGCACUGAAGGAGGCCCACAGGAGGACAUUGGACAUCCUUAGACAGCAAUCAGACCAGGAGCUCCAGACACUCCGAUUUGAACUGGAAGACGAGGGAAAAGCCAAACUGGCGUCCCUUCGUGCCGAGCUAAACCACCUCCAUGCUACAGCCAUCGAGCACCUGAAGCAGAUCCACAUGAAAGAAAACUCAUCUGCCAAACGAGAACUUGAGAAGGCCAUGGAGCACAGCCACCAACAGGAACAGGAGCUGCUGGUUCGCAUCUCAGACCUGCAGGCGGAGAUGUGUUCCCGAAGCAACCGCAUCACAGAUCUGGACCAUGAGAUCCACUCAUUGAAUGAGACCAUCGACACCCUGACUCGAGAGCUGGAGCUGAAGGGCAAAGAGGUGCUUCGGGUGCGCAGUGAAGCUAAUCAUCAGAUUAGGGCUCAUGAACAAGACUUUGCAAAGAGGCACGAUCGGGACAUGGGGGAGCUCAGCGUGGUCCAUCACAGAGAGACUCAGAUCAUGUUGGCCGACUUCAACAAGGCCCAGGAGGUUCUCAAGGACAAGAUAUCUGCUUUGCAAAUCCUGCUGGAGGGUACCGAAGAGAAGUUGAGAAACAGAGAGAGCCGACCUGAAGAUCUACAUCUUAUUGCGGAGCUCCGUGAGAUGGUCACAGAGAGGGAGGCUCUGGUCAAAAAGCUGGUGGAUGACAAAAAGUUCUACCAGCUGGAGUUAGUCAAUAGAGAGACCGGCUUCAGCAAGGUCUUCAACUCCAGCGCAAAUGUAGGGGUCAUCAACCCACUUAUUAAGUCAAAACCAGGCAGCCAAUCAGAUCAACGCUUGGCCCGCUUUCCUAGCCAGUCAGCUCUCCGAUUCGUCAGCCCUCCCACUGUGAGUCGUGCAAGUGAGGAAGAUGAGGGACCGGAGGUGGAGGAGGUAGGACCUGGAGGCCCAUCAGCGCCUCCUCACUCCCCCCUCCGACGUACCCUCCCCCGACUUAAGAAAGCUCAGCCGGUCCUGCGCCCUCUCCCUCACCUGCCUCAGCAUCCGCCACCUCUUCCGCCUCAUCCCCCGCCCAAUCAUGCUGUCUCUCAUACUCCUCAUCCUCAGGGGCCGCAGCAUCAGGCAAGUUGUAGGAGCCUUCAUGAGGCAAACGCAGCACCAUCAGACCCCAAGGCAAUGGAGGCAGGAAAAAGCAAAGAUUACAUUGCAAAAAAACAAGAGCUGUACGCUCACUACUUCUCUUUCUGACGGGCAAAAAUGCAACUAUGUUUAAAGAGGACGCAAUGAGACAGAUAACUACAUUUGGAUUUUUUCAGGGUAGCAGAGGUGUCAUGUAAAAGCAGUCUGUGGGGAUUCCAUUCAUAAUUGGCAUCACCACAAAAAUGCAUGGUUGCAUGGCACAGGGGAGGAUUUCUCUUCAUUCUGUUAUAACGAAGGGGUUACGCUGCAGGAUUUUUGUUGAAUGUGUUCUAGCUUCCUCGCUGCCAAGUUUAGCUAGCUGUCCCAUUGCAGCGACCUCUGAGCUCACUGUGAGGUACCUCAGCAGUCUCAGGAGGGGGAGCCAUUGAGACAAACUGAUAUUUUUAAUAAUCCUAAUCUUCAUCGUAUAACAAGCAACUGUUUUUCUAUGGUCUGUCAUCAGACAAGAGACACAGAGAGGAGUUCUAUGGGUUUAUAACGUGGAUUAGGGUGGGCCAUACCAGUAAGUAACGUCAAUUCUGUAGGCCACGACCCAACGAGCUUUGGAAAUCACUGGAGGUCAUUAUAUAUAACGGUAUAACAGCAUAACAGUCUGACCCACGGUGUCAUCUUACUAAGAAGACUAAACUCAUCACACAACAACUUAAGACCCCAAAAGUAUCCCUCAGAACUAUGGCGACCAGUCCAGGGUUUACCUCGCCUCUCAUCUGAAGACAACUGAGAUAGGCUCCAACAUACUCGCGACCCUAGUGAGGAUAAGUGGCAUAGAAAAUGGAUGGAUUGAAAAUGAAACAUUCAUUCAUUUUCUACCGCUUUUUCCUCACAAGGGUCGCGGGGGCGCUGGAGCCUAUCCCAGCUGUCUUGGAGCGAGAGGCGGGGUACACCCUGGACUGGUGGCCAGCCAAUCACAGGGCACAUAUAGACAAACAACCAUUCACACUCACAUUCAUACCUAUGGACAAUUCGGAGUCGCCAAUUAACCUAGCAUGUUUUUGGAAUGUGGGAGGAAACCAGAGUACCCGGAGAAAACCCACGCAUGCACGGGGAGAACAUGCAAACUCCACACAGAGAUGGCCGAGGGUGGAAUUGAACCCUGGUCUCCUAGCUGUGAGGUCUGCGCGCUAACCACUCGACCGCCGUGCCGCCCUGAAAAUGAAACAACAGCAUUUUAAUGUUUUCCUAUAAGGCAUUGACACUUGAAUCACAAUUUUGAUGGCUUUGGCAAUAUCAUCAAAGAUUUGGAACUUGACUUGACAUUAAUGAUGACUUGAAAAUACUUGAUAUUUUUAGUGAAUGUGUUUUGACACACAUCAAAGGGAGCAUUGGACUUUCUUUGUGUCUCUGUUAGCAAUACAGACCAUAGAGCAUGCCGAAACAGAAACACUCUCAUAGGACCGCUGUCUAUGAAGUGUGAAUGUCGCGGACGUUCAGUAGUGUGUACAGUCUCCAAUGCAUGGUCAUCAUCUGCUUCAUUUGCCAUUCCCAAAAGCUCACACAAUGGCAUGUUGAAGGAACGCCAGUAAUCUUUAGCGACACCCGGUGGUACACUUUUUGAUUGCGGCAAGCUUGUACACUUACUGUCCCAACGUCCAUCAAUGUCUCAUGUUUUAUGAGCAACAAUGACCUCAUUGUCCAUUUUCUUCCACACUCCCAGAAAAACAAGUACCUUUCUUUGGAUGGUACCACGGGAGGCGUAGACUUGACUUUUGCACCUUUUUUUUCCUUUAAAGGUGUACGGUACCUUAAAAUCCAAUAAUUUGGGGGACUGAGGGGCUGAAAUGUCUUUCUGCAUGUCUUCCAACUGGUGCAUUAUGUUGUUUUUUUUCCACAUUCUGGACCACUGUAGCAACACCGAUACUGAAAAGGAUGUGAAAGAGACAUAAAACAGAUCUGAGAAUGUAUAUUUUCAAAUCCCACUUAUGCUGACUUUCCAGAGCUGUCCUGAGACUGUACACUCUGUUUUCUUUUUAUAGCAAUAUUAAGCUUCAGCGAACCCCUGCAAAGGGGGCAGACUAUUAUUUCAUACACCCCCUACGUCCAACCACUGCUGGUUCAUUCCACCUUGCACACUGUGAUGAUCACACUGAGCUGUGAUUACUAUUUUUUUUUAUUUAAUUGCACUUUAUUUUGAAUAUCCAUGUGGGCGGUGUCAACAGGAGUUGUCUUCUGAGGACUGGUGAGCAAGAAGCACAUCCUAAGGGAAGGGAGACUUUUGAAGGGCCAUGCCAACAUUUUUGCACAUCUGUGUAACGGUCUUGUCGUGGUCUUAAAUUGUGAAUGUUUUCCAAAAAAAAAAGAAAAGAAAAAAACAUGCACAGACUUGAAAAGGUAUCAAAGAUAACUUUCAAUCACCUCUGAUGCUUUAUUUUCUUUUCUCUUGGUAUUCAAAAAUGCACAGUUUUCCUGAGCACUCGUUUUAUUUGAACCUGAUUGGUGAACUGGAGCAUCGACACAUUUACAUCACCACGGACGGCUGCCAGCAUCCUGCAGCCAACACCCCUAGUGGGGGCACUUCACGUGAAAAUGUCACCACUUCCUGUUUAAUAU